AUGGCUUCCCGUCGACGCCACAUUGGGGCUAGCCGCAGGAAGAGACGAGAUGAUGAGGGUGAGGAUGAAGGCUCGAUGGUGGGGGACCUGGAGGAAGACUCCUUGAGUGAAGCCUCUGCCGACAGUCACCAAGAUGAUGAGGAUGCAGAUGGCGAAGGCAGCGAAGGGAGCGACAACGAGGGGGCAAAUGGUAGCCAGGUCAACAGUCGUGCGCGGGACCAAUCCACGCAGCAGAGCUCAACAUCACCUGAAAAACGAGGGCUCAAGGCAGCGGUUUCUGAUACUGAGGCAAUGAUGAACGGGCUGAAGCUCUCCGAUGAGACCAAGGUGGGGGAAAUACAUUUCGACCAGGUGCAGCAAGACCGGGAGCCGCAGACAGGCAGAGCACCGUCGGCACCUCCCACCGAACCCAGACGGGAAGCCUCUACCGCGAGAAAGCGCCGUGAAAAUGAUAAAUACGUCAAGGAGCGGGACCAGAACCCGGCUUUUGUCCCAACUCGCGGCAGUUUCUUCCUGCAUGAUAAACGGACGACCGAAGGGACCAACGGAUUCCGACCUUUGAACAAGACCAAGUCUCGGCCAUAUGGUCUCAUUGUUGACGGAAAUGCCCGCAGGUACGGCAAUCUCUGCCCUUCCCAUUAUCAACCCUUGCUAACAUGCAGCCUAGGAGCUCCUCCAAGCCCGAUGCUAGCGAAGGACAAUGGACCCAUGAUUUACAUGAUACCGUGGCCGGAAACGACCAGCGUGCGCCCAAACAAUCAUCCACGUCCUUGCUGCCGAAUCUCCCCUCGUCCGUCCCUACCGCUCCGAGAUCCACGCCCCCCGAACCGAUCCUUUUCCAGCACGACGUUGGUGGGGAACGUGCCCGUCGUCGUCUUCUUGCCGGGUAUGACUCAACCCACGCCGUUUUCUGCUGUCCCCAAAAAACAACAUACCCGAUUGCCUCAACAUCGCCCUCCCUUGCGUCGAGACAAACCAGUGCGGAUAUCUCUUCCUGGACAACCGCCUCGGUACAUCUUUCCAUCGACGGAGCGCUCGUUUAUCUUCAUCCCGCGAGCUUUGCGGCCGAACCAGCAGGGCUACCGAGGCCGUGGCCGUGGCGGCUUUUACGGCGGGCGGCGGCCCAGUUACUAUACCAACACUGUAUAUACGCCGAGCGUCCUGAGCCGCCGGUCCUCUCUCGGCAUGGCCGCGUCUCAGGACGGGUACCCGUCGCCGGCGGGAUCGGUCUACUCCAGGCCGAUGGUCCCUCCUGAUACUAGCAAGCCCAUUGUGCGCUUGCCGCCGCCUCGUCCGCCCAUCGGUGUCCCACCAACGGGGCCUGGUGCCAUGGGUCCCGGGCCUCCCAUGCAGCUUCCGCAUCCUGCCUACCGCGAAAGUCGUCCGGCACCGAUCCCCAUGCACCAGCCCCGUCCCCAGAAAGCCGUUUCCGUUGCGGAUAUCGAAAGUCCCGCUCGCUUCCCCUUCAAUCCACCCCACCCCCAUCAGGACCAACCGUUCCACCACCAGGUGCCCAUUCCGGUCAAUGGGCCUGGGCACGAUCCGACGGCACACGGCCCGCCCAGUCAAGCCUCGGUGACCCCGCUCUCGCAGAUUCCCGAACGGGCGAUCCAUGCCCAGCCGUUCCAGCCCUACAACUAUCAACAGCCGGGGUUCUACCCGCCGGCCUACCCCGGUGCCAUGUACUACCCAGCCUCCGGGCCAGAUUACUCGGCCUACAAUGGACCGGUAGGGCCCGGCACGUCGGUCGCAAGUUUCCCCCAGGGUCAACAACCCAUGCCGUAUGCGUCGUCGGGUGAGCAGCCGUCCCAGCCUGGAACCGUGGCCCACGAGUCUGGUGGCACGGUUUAUUUCUACGAUGCCAACCAGAUGUACUCGAACCCAUCGGUCGGGGCGGGGGCCGGUCCCGGGGUGUUGUGGGGAUGGGGGGGAUGA